UUGUCCGGGCAUGUGGGAGCCUCUGCCUUCCUUGCGACCAUGUGGAGGCCGGAAGAGGGACUUUCGGGUGUCCGGGUGCUGAGCAGUAGUGGGUCACAGCCUGGUAGAGAGAUGGCCACCUACGUUCCCCUCAAUGAGCUUGCAGGGAUGGCAACAAAAGAGAGCUCCGAGUACUUUCAGUGCUCAAGCACACCUUUUACCGCCUGCGGUAGUAAGGACACACCUUGGUGGUGGCACAAGAGGCGGAGCCGGCGGCACCAGCGGUUCAUGGUACACAAGGCCUUUCUAGAGAAGCGAGGUGUGCUGAAUACGCCUCAGGAGUCAGAGGGCACCCUCCAGUUGGCCAGACCAGAGGUUCUGGAGGACACAGAGGCCACCAGGUGUAGUACACAUCAGGCUAUACUCAGAUCACCUGAUACCCAACCCAGAACAAAACUGAUUCAGAAGAUUGAACCCAGCAAGGGCAGUGCGUCUGGCCAUGCUAUGCCCAGCAAGUGUGUGGCCAUUGACUGUGAGAUGGUGGGUACUGGCCCUGGUGGGCGAGUGAGUGAGCUGGCCCGAUGCUCAGUGGUGAGUUACCACGGAGACGUUCUAUAUGACAAAUACAUCCGGCCCGAGACACCCAUUGUGGAUUAUCGAACCCGCUGGAGUGGCAUCACCCGACAGCAUAUGCAGAAUGCUAUCCCCUUCAGAGUGGCACAAAAGGAGAUCCUUAAGCUGCUGAAGGGCAAGUUGGUGGUGGGCCACGCACUCCAUAAUGACUUCCGGGCCCUCAAAUACUUCCAUCCCCGGAGACAAACUCGGGACACUCUUUCUGUCCCUAGCCUAAUCAACCAAACGGGUUUCCCUGUCCGAGCCCAAUCCUCUUCUCUCAAGAACCUGGCCCUGCAACUGCUGAACAAAAGAAUACAGGUUGGCCAGUAUGGGCAUUCAUCUGUGGAAGAUGCCACAACUGCCAUGGAGCUCUAUCGGUUGGUCGAGGUGCAGUGGGAGCUGCAGGAGGCCAGCAGCCACCCUUCAAACUGUGAGGACAGCCUUCAGGACAGUGGCACAGACACCGAGCACUACAUGGAAGACCAGUUCUGGCUAGAAGAUCAGACUGAAGGCUGUAAAUGAUCGAAGGGCUCCCAGGGUGGGAAGAGUAUGAGCUUCUGUGGGUAGCCCGGUAAAAUUGGCCUUGUAAUGUGUGUGGGAAGAAUGGCUCUUCUGGUACUGUGGCCAUGGGGCCCAUUCAUGCAAUGAGUUGAUCCAAAGAGAUCUCCAAUUUAGCCUCCUUUGUCAGGUGGGAGCAUGAGAAUGCUUUGGCUUCUAGGGUGAUGUGGAUUGGGAACCUUUUCCCCCCAUCCUCUCUGGGCAUUCUAGGAGCCAGUUUCUUCUGAUUUCAGCCACAAUUACUUUGAAGACAUAUUAGUGGUAAAUUAUCAAACCAACCUUUCUGGGGAGGAAGGCUGGUGAGGAGGUUACAUCUUUUGAUGUCUCAGUGAGCAAUGUUUUGUGAAAUUCACAAGACAUUCCAAGACUUUGUGUAUUCUUCUUGAACAAGUGAUGCACAGUGUCCCUGCACCACCUGCCUAUUCCCAAGUUACCCUGGUUUUAAAGGAUAUACUGUGCACAGGGUGUGUUUUUAUACCCUUAUCCUCAUCUAUAAAAUGGGGGUACUUAUUGUUAUUCAGGGACAGGCUACAAAUAUAGGGAGAGAGCACUGGAUUUAAAGUCAGUGGAUCUGAGUUUACACCCUGUCUCGGUCACCUACCUCUGUGACCUUGGGCAAGUCAUUUAAAUAAUCUGAGCCUCAGUUUCCUCAUCUGUAAAAUGAGGGGGUUGGACUAGAUGACCUCUAAGGUUCCUUCCAACUCUGAUCUGUGAUCUCAGGGAAUAGAGGAAUUACAACUUGAGUUUUGAGCUUAGGUUAAAGUGCUGUAACAGACUAAAAGUAUGAAAUUCUCUAAUCCAACCAAGCUUACAAUAAUAGGGCAAAGAAAAGAGGUUUGAACCUCAGUCAUUCUAAAUUCCUACCAUCUUUCCUGUAGGACCAGUAUGGGUUCUGCAGGGGGAAAGUAAUUCACCCAGAAGCACCCAUUGGUGGCUGGGUGUCAUAUAAUAGAAAGAGGACUAGCUUUGGACUCAGAAUUGGUUGGAAUCUCAUUUCUGCGGCUUACUCUCUGUGACCUUGGUUAAGUCUUUUACCUCUCUUUGCCUUGGUUUCCUUCUCUGUAAAGAGAGAGGAUUGUACUGAUGUCUUAAGGACCAGUCCAGCUCUGAAACCUUCUAUUAUCCUGUGAUAAUUCACAGGAUCUGAUGACUUUGUUUACAUGCUUUCUUUGCCUCCAUUCCCUGGAAUUUACAGUGGCUGCUCAGAACACCUCUCUUUGCUGGUGUGUUGGCAGAAGGAGAAGGAGAAAGCUGUUCAGUUUCAGUGUUCCUAAUUGACACAUUUCCAUUGGCUUGAAUCAGGAAUUCUUCUCCAUCACUAGUGCUGAACUUUUGUAAGGGGACCCCAAGAACAGUAGCAUAUUUGUACAUUUGGGGUUCCCUGAAUAAAAAAUGCCAUCCUUUCCACUCCAGAAAGCAUCAGAGCAUCUCACUAUAUAGAUGAGGAAAGUGAAACCUGGAGUGACAUUGACUUGACCAAGAUCAUCCAGCCAGUUGAUUAUAAAACCUAUUGAUUGGAGAACAAGGAUUUACUCUCUAGUUGGGGUUAUUUGAGGAGUACUUAGUCCUAUGCAAAGAUCAUCCCCUUUGAUUUACAUUCAUUGUUAGUUUUUAUGUACAUUGAUUGUCAGCGAUUCACUUCAUUUUACAGAGUAUUUUCUCCUUAUUUCUUCUUGCCUCUUCUUCCUCUUACAUCCCUCCCUUUAACUCUUCCAGCUCCUUCCUUUUGUAUUGUUUAGCUCCCUCAAGUGCCAUUUUACUCUUCUUCAGGAAAGCACUUUUUAGAAAUGUCUGAGCAUGCUAGGGUUUCUAAGAAAAGGGUUGAGAACCCUUGGCUUAGACAGACUAUUUAUUGUUUAGACUUGAAUAUCCAGCAGGUGCUAUUUGUGACCCAGACUCAGAUGUGGUACCUCUACCUGGUGGGCUUAUUUAUUCUCAAUUCAGGCACUGGAGCACUUGUGCCUCAUGAUUAAUUGGUAGACCAUUGGCCUGGGCUGUUGGAAGACUCCAGAUAUCCAAUAUGACCCUCUUAGUUGCCCGAGACCCCCAGUCCCUCAUCCCCUGCCCCUGGCCAACCAGCAUGUCAUUUACAUUAAUUUGGGAGAGAGUAUAAAAAGUUUCCUAGAUGUGGGAUCUUUGUGGCAACUGGGGACAUUCUCUGUUUUUGUAUCCCUGGGCUCAACAGUGCUUGGCACAUAGUAGGCACUUAAUAAAUGCUGGUUGAUUGAUUGGCUGAUGAUAGUUGCUACAGUCAACUCUCACUUACUUCCUUUUCCCAGCAUCUCUACUGACAGUCUGGGAUUUCUUUCUCCUUCAUGCACAGCUGGUGUUUCCAGGGAAUGAAAUGGAUUUUCACAUGAUCUUGAUUGAAGGAUGACUUACAGAUGCAGCUAAGAAUAAAAUCACAUGAUGCAUUCCAAAGCCAGAUAUCGAUUGCUUUGGGGUUAUCUGCUCUUACUAACUUUAUUUUUGUCACUGCCUCCAUCCAUUAUUGAAGAUCAUUGAGGGUUGACUAUAUACAUUUUAGAUGACAUCGUAGUUGUUUGCCUUUCCUGAGGAGUUUCUUCACUUAAAUUGCAGAAUGCUAGUCUUCCAUGAGUUUACAGCAGGCCUGAUCUGAUCUGUGAAGACCAACUUUCUAGCAUUUAAUACUGGAGCAGCAGAUCCUGUGGCUUUCUGGGGCUGGUUUCCUCUGAGGUUUCAACCUCCCAGUUUGGCUGGGAAUUGUAGCAAUGGAGUCACUGUGCCCAGGACUGACCAAGAAGCAGAAGGAGAAGCAGAAAGUAGGUGGAAAGAUUGCUGAGUGGACAAAAUAGGGAGGAAUACCUACAAUCUGACCUCCCUUACUGUGGUUGGUGGGAAAAGGGAGGGACUGGGAUAGAUUUAGAUUGUAUUUGAAACCACCCAUUGUAAACUGUUGCCAUUGACUGAAUAAAUCUCAUUUGAGAAGACCUG